AAUAUAUACUUUUAGUUGACCCUCAAGGUAUACCGUACACAGUCAUCCUUGGUCAGUCUCGACUCCCGUAUCUCAUACUGUGACAAUGAUCCUUCCUGUGUUCCAAUCCCCAGACCACAGAACUGAGAAUGCCAUGUCACCGAAUGGUCGUGGGCUCAAGCUUAGAGCAUUCAAGACGAGGCAGAAAUUUUCCGUCUUACUCUCGGAUCACAUUGUCAACCUGGGGGAGAACCAUUAUCCCGGAUAACGCUACCAUUCACUUGGCGCAUUCCAUUGGCACGAUUCUGGAUGCCGUUAAGGUUGAAACCAACUCGACUACCUUCUUUGACAGACAUCUGAUGGCGGAUGGUCAUAUUCCAGGGCUCUCUUCCUCCUCGGGUCCACGGAGAUCGAACACCGUCGCGUGUGAUAGGCCACCAACGGACGGUUUACUGCAGCUCUCCCUCCGAUUGUCAGUCUUAGAGCAAAAGUUCCUGUGGACAGGCGAUAUACAAGUGGGAGAGGUCCUGAAAGGCACUGAAAUGCGUCACUGAAUCUGUUCUAUUCGUCUCGAUCUCUUGCAGCAUUAUAUAAACCACUACGCAGAUACAUUGCAAGCAUCCAUCGCGGGGCCGGAGGCAGCACAAACGCCGGGUACGCAUACUACAGGUCUUUAUCGUCGACGUCUAACGCACGAGAGUUGAACUGACCACCAAAAGGCGUUGAUUGAAUCUACUCUGGCAGCCCAGAUCCCCAUUGAGGAGGCGAACAUUGGGAUGGUCACAGAUGCA